AUGACUUUCUACCAGGCAAUGAACUUCCACGAAGGCGAGAAGUUGAUGCAGAAGAAGCUACGUGUACCCGAAAUGGAUAAUCCAACCAUUCCAAUGCUUUCACCACAGCUGUCUACUAUGCUUCAACGAGCACCAUUGUUGGCGUUCGGCACUCUAGAUCCUGAAGGACGCCCUUGGACGACCGUAUGGGGCGGCCGCAAGGGAUUUUCCCAACCUCUUGGAAACAGCAUGAUCGGUGUUCGAACCUCGGUGGCAUCCAAGCUAGAUCCGGUGGUAGAGGUAUUGGUGGGUCUAGAUGCCAAGGGUGAAAUUGUGAAGGAAGAGGGAGAAGGAAGAUUGCUCAGCGGACUGGCCAUUGACUUGGAUACUAGGAAGAGGGUCAAGCUUGCUGGAAGAAUGGUUGCAGGCACUCUUGGUAGUACUGACGUAGAAGAUGGUACAGAUGCGAAUGUACAACAAGGUGUACUGCAACUAGUCGCACGUAUUGACGAAAGCUUAGCGACCACCAAUCCUAGACUCGUCUCAGACUCUGUUCCUUUAGAUGAAGAAGCUGUUGAGCUCAUCCAUAAAGUCGACCUCAUGUUCCUCAGCACAAGCAGCGGAUCUAGCAUGGACACCAAUCAUCGAGGCGGCCCUCCAGGCUUUGUACGCUGCGUGUCACAGGACGGCGGCUGUACACAAUUUGUCUAUCCUGAGCUCUCGGGCAACCGUCUCUACCAAAGUUUAGGCAAUAUGAUGAUUGAACCGAAAGCUGGAUUCUGCUUCCCAGACUUCGAAACUGGUAAUUGUCUCUUCGUGACCGGUCACACAGAAGUUCUCUUUGGAAAGGAUGCGGCAGUGGUCAUGCCUCGCUCAAACUUGGCAGUCCGAGUAACCAUCACAGCGGCUCGCUUAGUAGCAUCAGUGCUUCCGUUCCGUGGCAACACCGGCGAGUUCUCUCCAUACAAUCCAGUUGUGAGAUUUCUGGCCAGCGAACAAGCAAGUACAAGGACUGAGGUACAAGAUAAAAACCAGAAUACUGCAAAGCUGUUGACCCAGACACCGCUUACUCCGACAAUCUCGCGCUUCAGAUUCAGCUUGUCGAAUGCAGCUACCUACACCGCGGGCCAGUAUGUUACCAUUGAUGCUUCAGAGCAUAUGGACUUCGGAUACAGCCAUAUGCGUGAUGAUGACCCCAGAAGCCUGAAUGACGAUUUUGUUCGCACAUUCACUGUGUCCUCUCCGCCUGGUCUGCCACCUCAUCCAAGCAAACGUCUUGGAGACGACGAGUUUGAAAUCACGAUACGCAAGGUCGGAGUCGUGACUGACUUCUUGUUCAAACAUGGGCUAGAUGCCCGAGCAAAAGGGUCAGAGCUGGAAGUUGGGAUCAAAGGCUUCGGAGGCUCGUUCAUGGUGGAGCAGACCGAGGAAAAACCAGCUAUUGCAUUCAUUGCUGCUGGAGUAGGCAUCACGCCAUUGAUGCCCUGUCUACACUCGCUCAAGCUGGAUUCUCUCCGACUAUUCUGGACAUUGCGGGCGGUCGAUCUAGGUCUUGCUAUGGAUAUGCUUGAGGGACUGCAAAAUCUGGCACCGAGUCUUACUCUCUUCGUCACAGGCAUAUUUCCCGAGAGCGAAGAACAAAAGUCAGGAAUUGACAAGCUCAGUGGCUACGGUGUACAAGUUGCACAUCGUCGUAUGGAGAAGAGCGACCUUGAGGGUCUGAUGCCGGAGAUUCAAAGAUGGUUUGUUUGUACAGGUACGAGUCAGAGGAGCACUAUCCUGCAAUGGAUGAGUGGCCAGGAGGUGGUCUAUGAGGAUUAUAACUUCUGA